ACGUGAAGACAAAGUCUUUAUCUCUUUGAAGCUGACCAAGGACCAUUCUCCUGUCUAAACUGCUCGUAUUGUUGCCUUUUUGUUGUUUUUCCAGCCAUUUCCUCCCUUGCAUAACAAGUUUCAAUACUUUUUUUAUCUCAACAUUUCAAAAACCUUUUUUUUUUUAUCCCUUUGGUACCUUGUUCUGUGAAUAGUUCCAGAUCUUUGCAUUCCUCUGGUUACAAUUCCGAGGCUACUUUCUUGUUAGCACCGUUAACAUCCUCGCAUGGCUCAUCGCUAUGAUAGUAAUCCCUUCGAUGAAGAAGAAGUCAAUCCCUUCUCUGAACCAGCUGUGAGAGAAAAAAAAUCAAGCCAAUCAAGUUACAGUGGGGGUGCAUUUUACACUACAAAUCCUGGAAGUGUUGCCCCUGCCACAAAUUCAAGGUUAUCACCACUUAAUCCUGAACCUGCUGAUUACAACUAUGGUUUUGGUGCGACAGUUGAUAUACCUCUUGAUCCAUCAACGGAUUUGAAAAAGAAGGAAAAGGAACUCCAAGCCAAGGAGGCUGAAUUGAGAAGAAGGGAACAGGAAGUCAGACGGAAAGAAGAAGCUGCUGCCCGAGCUGGAAUUGUUCUUGAGGAGAAGAAUUGGCCACCAUUUUUCCCAAUUAUCCAUCAUGAUAUCGCCAAUGAAAUUCCAGCUCAUCUUCAAAGACUGCAAUAUGUUGCUUUUACUUCAUUGUUAGGAUUGGCUUUGUGCCUGACAUGGAAUAUUAUAGCUGUCACUGCAGCUUGGAUCAAGGGAGAAGGUGUGAAAAUAUGGUUUCUUGCUAUUAUAUACUUCAUAGCUGGAAUUCCUGGAGCAUAUGUCUUGUGGUAUCGCCCAUUAUACCGUGCUUUUAGGACAGAUAGUGCUUUGAACUUUGGAUGGUUUUUCUUGUUUUACCUGCUUCACCUAGGAUUCUGUAUCUUAGCAGCAGUUGCUCCUCCCAUAGUUUUCAAAGGAAAAUCCUUGACAGGCAUUCUGGCAGCCAUAGAUGUGGUGGGUAACCAUGCAGUGAUUGGAAUCUUGUACUUUGUUGGAUUUGGGUUGUUCUGCCUUGAGACUUUGAUCAGCAUCUGGGUUAUUCAGCAAGUAUACAUGUACUUCCGUGGCAGUGGUAAGGCUGCUGAGAUGAAGCGGGAGGCUGCAAGAGGAGCAAUGAGGGCUGCAUUAUGAGCACUUUAGUUUUGAAGUUUGAAUUGCUGUUGUAAAUUAUUAGCCACAAAUAUCAUAUUGCGGAUAAAAGUAUUUUUCUGAGUUUAUGCUACCUGUUUGUGUGGCUUGUUAAUUACUAUAUUUGUUGAUGUAUAUUGUAAACAAAAAAGCAUAGACAUACAGUGGUUGGCAGAAAAGUGCGAAAAUUUAUUGAGUUGAUCCUGUGUUCA